AAUGUCCCACAUCAAUCCAUUUUUGAGUAUUUAUAAGAAUGAAAUAAAAGAUAUUUUGGAUUUCAAGCAAAACGAUUUAUUGAAUGAACUUUUACGAAACGGCUGUAUUGCAUCAUCUUUUGAAAAUAUUUACAAUUGCAAAACUGAAAUAGUAGGAGAUAAGAUUCUCAGCCUAAAUACGGAAGACUUUUUACGGGUUUUAAGCAGCGUUAAUCAUCCUCUAUCUACCCAACUUCAUUAUAGGAUUGUAACCACUUUUUCUAAUUUAAUAAAUGUAGUUAAGCAGAGAAUUAGAGAAAAAAUUACAAGUAUCAACAUUCUUCCUUUCUGGAGUGGAAAAUCUGUUAAUAUUAAAUUUGAAAAUAUUCAAGUUCCUUUGAAGGUUUUUGCAUCAACAAAUAAACAUUUUGAAGUGGGAAAUAUUCUACAUGAAAUCAAUAUGUUUACAGGAUUAGAGAAAAAAGAUCGACUUUUGAUAUUCGGUGAAACCGGAAAAGGGAAAACAUUUCAAUGUUUAAGAAUUUUAAAUCAUUGGUCGUUUAGUCGAAUUUGUUUGGAUUUUCUAUUUCUUCAUUUAAAAGUAACAGAUUUGUUGCCCACAGAAACUAUUUAUGAUACUUUGAUAAAGCAAAAUUUUCCGGAAGAUACCCUAUAUUUUAGGAAUGUUUUAAAAUAUUAUCUUGAAGAUAACACAAGCGGAAAUAUAAAAAUCAUUCUACUUGUUGAAGAUUUAGAUGAAUUGUAUAAAACCAGCUUGAAUGACUCAGAGAUAAUUCAAAAGUUGGAAAUGUUUCCUCACAUUCUUAUCUGUUGGACUCGAACUCAUAGAAUUGAUAGAAUGAUUCGAAAUUUUAAUAUAACAUUGGAAAUCCUGGGAUUUGCUGAUGACGAUAUUAGAGCUUUCUUCUUGAAAUUCUUUUCCGAAAUGGAUGAUAAUAACAGAAAAGAAACGCUCUAUCAUUAUUUGAAAGGAGAAAAGCCAACAUUUUUUCAAAUGUGCUUUAAUCCUUUUUUUGCAACUUUGUUUGCAGCUAUUUGGGAAAAUUUGAAAAUUAUACCAGAUAAUAAAUAUUUAGCUAUUGAAGAAGCAACAAAUAUCCUUUUGAAAAGAUGCGGUUUAAUCCCUAAGACUAAGGAUUAUUGCGAAAUUAUUAAGUACAUCGGGAAACAAUGCCUAGAAUUUAUUCUUAAUAACAAGCCUAUGACCUGUAAUCAUAUCAUUGAAUCAACUAAUAAUCUUGGAGGACUUGUCUUCCUUAAAACCUUUAAUCUGAAGAAUCAAAUUUUAUGUAAAGAAUACGAAUUUCUACAUUUUUCUUUUCACGAAUAUUUUACGGCUAAAUACUUGAUAGAAUUCUUUAAAACUACAAAGGAAGAUGGCGAAAAAGAAGAUAUUUUAGAAUCUCUUUCCUCGAUUAAAAAUAUAAUCAAACUUAAAAAUAUCUUUGAAUUUAUUAACGUUCUAGAUCGCCAAUUAUAUUUACUGAUAACGCAGAACAAAGAGUCUUUUUCAUUCUUUCAAGACGAUUCCCAUUAUCAUUUAGUAGAGAAAUUAAGAUUAAAUAAUUCAAGCAUGGAAGUAUCCCACUUGGAGAAUUGUAAGGCUUCGAAUGUAUUAUUUAAAUUUAUUCUAUCGAAAUAUUCUUCAAAAUUUACGACUUUAAUUUUAAGAAAUGUUUUCUUUGACGAUUUCUUCUUUAUCAUGGCAUUUACUAAUGAACUUGAAAAGUUAAAAAUUCUCUUUGAUACCAAAUUUGAAAAGUAUAUUUCAUAUAUGGAUAUUUUUGUCUUUUUAUCAAGAUUUAAUAAUUUUAAAAAAUUGACUUUGAAAAAUGUUAAUCUAAUUUUUCCCAAAAACUUUAAUCCAAGCAGUGAAAUGUCAGUUUGGAAAAAGCUUCAUUUACAAAAAUGUAAAUUUUACGAAACUGGCGAAAAUUACGGCUAUACUGAGAUUAGUUCUCCUUUUUCUCCUUUUCAAAGUGGAACAAUAGUUGACUUUCAAAGAAGAAUAUCAAAAGAGAAAACAAUAGAAUCAUUAACACUUUUCAACUAUUCUCGAGAAGUGAACAAUUCUUUAGUAUCGUAUAAAAUGAGCUGUCAAGGAUUAACAGAGAUUGUUAUCUAUUGCGAUGUAGCCGAAUUAAAAGACUUUCAAUUAUUUAUAUCAGCCACUGCCGACAAUUUGGUACACCUUAAGAAGCUGAAAAUAAAAAAUUGUUAUCAUUCCAUUAAUGGAGAUGCUAUAUCUUUAGUUUUGAAACGAAACGAACAACUAGAAACUUUAGAAUUACUUGGAAUUGUAAUCACUGAAAGAAACAAUUACGCCUUUAUUCGUAGUCUAGCAGAAUUGAAAUGUUUAAAGAAAUUAAAACUUCCUAAAAUAGAAUAUCAACAGACCGUUUCCAAAUAUGAAAAAAGGAUAAAAAUUAGCUUUACAAUAAAAUUUUCACUUACAAAAUUUGCGGCAUUCGAUUCACUUAGAGUCGUUAGUCAUGGCGAAUUUCAAAGAGAUUUCAUUAAUCAGCAAAUUUGCAUUAAUCAAAUUUCAAAUGUUAAAGAAUUAUAUUUGAAUGGAUGUUGUCUAUCUUCAAGCUUUCUAGAUAUUUUUAAUUGUAAUUUAAAGAAAAUACCUUUUCUUAAAGUUUUGGAUAUUUCUAAAAAUGAUUUCACGAAUGAUUCAUCGUUAAAAUUUUUUCGUAAUAUUAAUUUAUUGGAAAUGAAUAUUGAAAUUCUUUUGUUCUAUGCUCAAAAGAAUGUUACAAACGAAAUUCUACUUUGUCUCGUUCAAACUUUAAAAGAGAAUAGAAAGUUGAAAAUUCUUAAUUCUUCUAGAAAUAAUUUUGAAAAAUCGUUCUUAUUUCAAGAUGAUUUUGUUAAUUCUAAAGAAUUCAAUUUAGAAAGUUCACUGAGAAUUUAUAAUCAUUAUAAAUGUCUACUUCUCAAUGGAAAAUGUAAUAUUUACAGUGAUAAGCCCGAAACGACUCUUAUCUUCAAUUCUAUUGGUUUAAAAAUUAACGAAUUAUGCUUAAAUAACAUUUGUAUACCAGUUCAAUUUUUAAAGAAUAUCCUCAAGGAUAAUCAUUAUAUAAAAGAAUUAUUUAUUAACAAUUGCGAUAUUUCGCAAGAAUCCAGCGAAUAUUUGGGUAGGUUAAUAAGAUAUCAGAAUGACCUCAAAUUUAUAGCUUUCAUUAAAGUGGAUUUAUCAGCUAGUAUCGGAGAAAAUCUAUUUUACAAUUAUCCUUCAAAGUGUUGCAACUUAAUUACAUUACGACUCGAUGAUUGUAUUCUUUCAAAUGAUAUGUCUGUCUAUUUGGGAAAAUUCUUGGAAUAUCAGACCGAUCUGAAUGAAUUGUGCUUAACUUCGGCCUCUUUACUAUCAGACAUUGGCAAAAACAUCUUUCUGAGAGCAGAAUGCGUUGGAAAUUUUAUAGGAAGCUCACCAAACCUAAAAAUUUUAGACCUAUCUUCCGUCAAUAUGUUGGAUGAUAUUGGUAAAAUAAUUUUUAAAACUUUUUCUCAAGGAUGCCUAUUUAUUGCGCAACAACUGCGAUUGAAGACAUUAAAUUUGCAAUCAGUAAAUUUUAGGGAAGGAAUUGGAAGAAAUUUACUUGGAGGAGUUCCAUUAGGGUUGUGUGGAAUUGAAGUAAUAAAUUUAAAAAAUUCAGUCAUUUGCGAAGAAACCGCCUAUUAUCUAGGAUUGUUACUUUCACAUCAAACACAAUUGAAAUCUCUUAAUUUAGAAUAUAAUAAUCUUUCAGGAAAGAUUGGAAUGAAUGUCUUUUUAUACGAAGGACAGCCAAAGAGAGAUGUUAAUUUUGAAAUAAACUUAAAGCAAAGCAUCUUUUCUGCAGAGAGCGUACAUUGUUUAGGAAAAUUUAUUGGAUUAUAUAGUCAUAUAUCGUCCCUGAAUUUAAGCCUAUUGGAUUUAUCAUGUGGAAUAGGUAACCAUUUAUUUAAAAAUAUGAAUUUCGAACAAUCUAUAAUGGAUAAUCUGGAUUUGUCUUAUUGUAAAUUGUCUUUUGAUUUCGUUGAAAGUUUUGUUACGUUUUUUGAUAGUCUUUCAAAGAUUAAUGAACUCGACUGGAGUAAUGUAGACUUAUCAGAUACAACAGGAGUUUCCCUAUUUUCCAAUCUUACUUCCCGUUCCGUGCGAGUUGUCUACAUGAAUUGUGAUAAUUGCGUUAUUUGUAGUAAAAUGUCCAAAUAUUUCGGUGCUUUUAUUGAACAAUGUAAUUUAUCUGCCCUAUCAUUAAGAUCGGUAGACUUGUCUGGAGAAAGAGGAAAAACUCUGUUCGAGGGUAUAAGUUCAAAAUGUUGCAAUAUAACUGAUCUAUUCCUAAGCGAAUGUAAGUUUUCCACAGAUAUGUCGUUCUUUUUAGGACAAUUUAUAGGAUAUCAAACGAAAUUAAGAACAUUGGAAAUGACUGGAACGGAUUUAUCUGAUGAUAUAGGAAAGAACAUAUUUGAAAAUAUUUCACAAAGAUGCUUCAAGAUAAUUUCUCUCAAUAUAAGCAAUUGUAAAUUUUCUUCCAAUAUGACUGACUAUCUGACUAAGGCUUUAGAUAUGAAUAGUGAAUUAUGGGUAGUCAAUUUAUCAUCAACAGAUUUAACAUUCAAUGGUGGAAAACAUGUCAUUGAGAAAUUAUCUUCAUCUUUUAUAAAAAAUGUAGAUUUAACUAAUUGUACCUUUUAA